CCCCCCCCCCCCCCGAGUGGGGCGCCGUUUGUCAAGGUCACUGUGGAUUUAUCUUUGGGUUUUUGCCUGCGUCUGGAUGUGGAUUGCCCCCUUGGUGGCUUUCUCCUGCCUUAGCUUGGAUCGCCCCUGGCUCUCUUCUCCAGGGUUGCUGGAUUAGCUUUCUCGUCCCCCUCCCACUUUGGUUCCUUCGGAUUUCAUGAGCCAGAAGAAAGGAGCAGCUCUGAGCCAGAAAAAGAGGCUGUUGGAUCGUACAAAAAAAUCCCAGUAAAGACGAAUUGUGUGUUGUUUUUUUUAACUGGCUUUGGAAAUGGAUGGCAAGAUCAGACAAAGCAGGAAAUCCCGGUCCCAAAGGGAUCGGGUGAGGCGCAGAGACCCCAACGGCAGGGACAGACUUCAAAGCCCCUCCUCGACCUCCGAAAGGGAAACCAGCCCUGGCAAGGAGAAUACGAGCCAGAGUGGUCUGCUUCCCAAGAGCCAGGCUUCCGCAGGCAGAAAUGCCAGACCUCCGAGGCGGCGGAGGCGGGAAUCCAGUUCCCAGGAAGAGGAUUUAAUUGACGGAUUUGCCAUCGCCAGCUUCACCACCAUGGAAGCCUUGGAGAAGGACAUGUCACUGAAGCCUCAGGAGAGAAAGGAAAAAUGGGAGAGACACCCCGGAAAGAAACUCCGGGAAAGUGAACAUUGCGUCUCAGCCGAACCCAGCGAAAACGGGCACAGCAACGAUGCCGGAAGUUCGGGGAGAGAAACGGAUCGAGGGAAGGAGAGAGUGAAAAAGAAAAUUCCAUUGAAGGUCCAGAAACAGAUGAAGGUCCCAGCAAGACGGGGUGGCAGGAACAGUGAAGAUGACAGCAUCCGGGAAGCCACCAGCUCCCAGCUCAGCAGCUCGAGAGACUGCCUCAGCGAU